AUGGCCAGCAUACUUGCAGCCUGGCUUCCUGCCCUAGUGCUGGGUACUCUGAUCUUCCGAUUUGCGGUCAAAUUAUACAAUGCCCGAAUGGUGUUCAAGAAGCUCAAAGCUAGCGGUAUUCCUAUCAUGGAGCAUUCAUUCGCUCUCGGCCAUCUACUGGUCGUCAGACAGUUCUAUUCGGAUUGGGCAACCGAUGCCAACUUCAUCCAAACAUUUGGACUUUACAUGAGCAAGUACUGGACCAAAUUCUUUCCUGACGAGAAAGCUUGCCCUCCUGUAGUGUACGUUGACAUAUGGCCGAUCGGAACACCCAUGGCCUUUUCCAUGGAAGCAUAUGUCUCCAAUCAGAUUGAGCUUGGGAAAAGUCUUCCGAAAUCGCCAAUGCAGGGAGAGUUCCUGCGGCCUAUAAGUAACGGACGAGAUCUUAACUGUAUGCACGGCGAAGAAUGGAAAAURUGGCGACAGAGGUUCAAUCCUGGGUUCAGCAAGAUCAACGUGCGUGGUUGGGUCCCCUCCAUCAUCGAGGAAGUGGAGUCUUUCGUGGACGUGAUUCGUGGGUAUGCAGGAUGUUCCGGAGAAUGGGGUCCAGUCUUCCAGUCCGAAAAGAUAGCGGGUGAUUUGGCGUUUGAUGCUACUGGAAGACUCAUAGUCAACCAGCGAUUCAGAUCUCUCUCAUCGAACCCGGAGCGCUUCGCAGUGUUGUAUCGUCAACAGCUUCAGGGCAUGGAGAUAACGCUCAACAUCUUCAAACUGAUUUGGAGAGCAACCCCGAUGUUCAAGUGGGGCAUUAAUCGUAGAAGAAGGGAACUCUUCAAUCAGAUUCGCCCGUUUAUCCUAAGAGGCAUAGAGGAGUGGGACCAAAAGCCAAGCACCGUUGUACAGGCCGCUGUCAAAGAGUACAAAGGUGAAGCAGAGAAGAUAACCAAAGAAACAAUCGACGAAGACUUCGUGGAGCAGGUCUUCUGCCAGCUGAUGAUAUUCUUCUUCGGCGGCGAGGAUGCAAUUUCUAUUGUGAUCCCAUGGAUGAUCCAUCGCCUGGCAUCCAAUCCAGAUGUACUCCGGGAGCUCCGCCUUGAGCACGAUACUGUGCUUGGACCAGACCCCGGCUUCGGGUUGCACGUGAUCAAAGACUCUCCGCACCUGCUCGAUUCAUUACAGUACUCGCAUGCCGUGAUCAAGGAGACUUUGAGGAUGAAUCCCGCAACCAUUACGAUCCGCGAAGGCCAAGCAGAUUUCUCGCUCAAGAUUGACGGAGUAGAUACCAAUUGGCCGACUGAGGGCUUCGAUCUUUUUGAUAGCUCAAUCACCAUCCAUAGAGAUCCGAGGAAUUUUGUGCGGCCAAUGGAAUUCCUACCUGAGCGGUAUUUGGUACCAGAAGGUCAUGAGCUCUACCCGCCGAAGAACACAUGGCGUGGCUUUCAACUCGGUCCGAGACAGUGCAUCGGCCAGGAGUUUGCCAUUGUUCUUCUCAAGCUUGUCCUGGUCUCGUUAGUCCGUACCUUUGAUAUGGAGAUGGCCUGGGACGCUUGGGAUGCUUCUCAAGAAGAUCAAGGUGGUAAGGUAGAUGGCCGUCAUGUGGAAGGCGAGAGGAUGUAUACCACUGGCAAGGCGACUUCACAUCCCAAAGGUGGCGGGCCAAUCCGUGUCAAAUACAGAGCCUGA